AUGGGCUGGCCACAGUGCAAUUCGACCGAUGAGGAUUUAUCGAUCACCGAGACGCCUAUAUGGGACGGCCAUACUUUUCAUACCAUCGGUCUCUGGGUCGCCGCAAUCUUCACCAUCAUCGCCCUGAUCGUUUCCUUCUUCUUGAUCGUCAUGCACGCCACGCACUACCUGAAACCAUGGGAACAGAAGCACAUCAUUCGUAUCCUUUUCAUGAUCCCCAUCUACGCCGCCGUCUCCCUCCUCUCCUUCUACUACUACCGGCACAGCGUCUACUUUGAAGUCAUCAGAGACUGCUACGAAGCCUUCGCCAUUGCCUCCUUUUUCUCCCUGUUAUGCGCAUACCUCGCUCCCGACCUGCACCAGCAAAAGAUCUACUUUCGAACAAUCACCCCGAAGAAAUGGGUCUGGCCGAUGAAGUACUUUCAAAAGUGUACGGGGGGUCCUGACAAGGGUUGGUUGAGGAAUCCGAAAAGCGGAUUGACAUGGUUCAAUGUGGUUUGGGUCGCGAUUUUCCAGUACUGUUUCAUCCGCGUCUUCUUCACGAUUGUAUCAGUCAUCACGCAAGCCGUCAACUUGUAUUGCCUCGAAUCGCUGAGUCCCGCCUUCUCCCACAUCUGGGUCAUGGUCUUUGAAACCAUCUCCAUCACUGCCGCCAUGUUCUGCUUGAUCCAGUUCUACAUUCAGAUCAAGGACGACAUUCGACAGCAUAAGCCCCUUCUGAAAAUCACUGCCAUCAAAUUGGUCAUAUUCCUGAGUUUCUGGCAGACCAUUGUCAUCUCUGUCCUCACCAGCGCUGGAUUCAUCAAGGCUACGAAGCAUAUUCAAACUCCCGAUAUCAAAGUCGGCAUCCCUGCGCUGCUUUUGUGCAUCGAGAUGGCCUUCUUUUCCAUUUUCCACAUCUGGUCUUUUAGCUGGAAACCAUAUGUGAUUGGUUCCAAGGAACAAAUGUCGGAGACUGUCGCCGGGGAGGGGUCGUCACGGGCUUCAUACAAAGGAGGCUUUGUGGGUGAAAGGGCCAUUUUUGAUGCUUUCAAUGGCAUGGACAUGCUCAGAGCUACGGGUCGGUCGGCGAGAUGGCUGUUUAAGGGACGCAAGAAUCGACACAACGAUGACCCUGCUAGUUAUGAUUUGUCAAGGAAAGAUACCGAAGGAAGUGAUUUUGGCGCCCAUGGCCAAAAACUGAGCACCCUGAACACCCCAAGCGCUUACACGGGGGCUGCGACCAAACCGCCUCAUUACGCCGGCGAUGAAGAAAACGCCAAUCUGCUUGCCAACAGCGCAGGUAUGGCAACAUCACAAGCACGGAUUGUUGGAGCUGGCAGUGAUGGGGGUCAUGACUUUUACGACUCGAACAAUGUGAGCGAUAUUGGACUUGCCUCGAGCUAUGAUGAUAAAUACAACGGGCGGUACGACCCUCCUCCCGGUCAUCCACCAGCGCAGCAGCCCUAUGCGCCUUAUCAAGGGUCAACCGGGGAUCAGGAGAGCGGCGUGGUGCCGGUACCGUAUCCUGUAUCGCGGACAGGAGAAGAACCGAGUUCACAUUUGGGAGGUGGUCAAGACAGCAGGAGAUUAUACAUGACGCCUCCGAGGAGUCCGGAUCCAAACACGAGGAAACCUGAUGGUCCAGACGGGGUAGGGAACGGGGAAUUCUUCUAA